GGAUCAGCUGGCUUACCUGGAGAAACUGGGCCAUCUGGAAGCCUGGGCGAAAAGGUAUGAUAACGUAUCUGACUACCCAGCAGCAAAAAUCAGCUGUGAAAACCACUGGGGUGAUAAAACAGUGGGAGACCGCGGCAGUCCGGGGCGAGUGGGUCCUCCUGGAGAUAAAGGUGUCAUGGGCUACCCAGGACCUCCAGGAGGCCCUGGACCUGUGGGGCCAGAAGGAUUACCUGGUCCAAGAGGACAACCAGGGGAUGUUGGCCCUGUUGGAGAAAUGGGUUUUGAGGGACCUCCAGGCCCCGAAGGAGAACCUGGCCUGCAGGGAGAACCAGGCGCAAAGGGAGACAUUGGACCUGCUGGGAAGGCUGGAGAACCAGGUGCCCAAGGUUUAAGGGGUGAACCAGGAUCCCCAGGAGAAGACGGUGUUCAAGGAAAAGAUGGCCCAAAGGGAGACCCUGGAGACCAGGGACUUCCUGGAGAAGGUGGUGAAAAAGGAGAGAUGGGGUUACCGGGAAUUGCUGGACCCCCUGGUGAACCUGGCAUAAUGGGCAUUCGUGGUCCUGAAGGAACACCAGGAAACCCAGGUCAGAGGGGCCGUUUAGGAAAGAAGGGGGAAAAGGGGCAGCUUGGCCCUCCUGGAGAAAUUGGACCUGCUGGUGACUCUGGCCAACCUGGAAAAACUGGUCCCAAAGGCGCAAGAGGAACUCGAGGUCCCUUGGGACAUCCAGGAGGAAUGGGACCUGAAGGAGAGUCAGGAAUACCAGGUUAUGGGGGACACCAGGGUCCUCCAGGGCCCCCAGGACCACCAGGACCCAAAGGAGAAAAGGGUUACCCAGGUGAAGACAGCACAGUUCUUGGACCACCCGGGCCCAUAGGUGAACCAGGUCCUAGUGGUGAGCGUGGAGACAGAGGAGAACCUGGCGAUGAGGGCUACAAGGGUCACACAGGUCUCCCAGGGCUUAGAGGACCUAUUGGACAACAGGGGCCUCCAGGAGAGCCAGGUGAACUGGGAGAGCAAGGACUGAAAGGAGAAAGAGGGUCAGAAGGACCCACAGGGAAGAAAGGAGCAACGGGUCAGGCUGGCAAACCUGGAAUUCCUGGAAAACCAGGCCCUGCAGGGCAGAAAGGAGCAGUCGGGUACCCUGGACCAGAGGGCACUCCUGGGAACCCUGGCAAGCCCGGGCUGUCGGGGAUGCCUGGCCAGAAGGGUAAUAAAGGAAACUCAGGCUUACCAGGUCUGGCCGGUUAUCCUGGAGCUCGAGGUCCCAAGGGAUUGCCAGGCAUGCCAGGACCCAUGGGAGCCCCUGGACUGAAGGGUGAGAAAGGGCUCCUGGGCCAUCCAGGAAAGCGAGGCAGAAGAGGUCUCCCAGGAUCGCAAGGUGACCAAGGACCAGCAGGAGACGCUGGAGUGAAAGGACAGGCUGGAGAAGAUGGAGAUCAAGGUUUAAUGGGGUUUCAAGGAUUCCCAGGUCCAAAAGGUCCUGCAGGGGACGUUGGCUUAGUUGGAAUUCUGGGCCCGAAAGGUCCAACAGGCCAAAUUGGAUAUAUUGGCCCUGUUGGGCAAGAAGGCAUCACAGGCCCAGCUGGCAGGCCUGGACCCAGAGGCGAGAAGGGCACAAGGGGUGAAAUGAAACAAGUGGACAUCAAUGCUGCUGUUCAGGCUUUGAUUGAGUCAAAUGCUGCCCUGCAGAUGGAGAAAUACCAGAACACAGAAGUCACUUUGCUGGACCACAGCACAGAGAUAUUCAAGACGCUGCACUACCUUGGCAGUUUGCUGCACAGCAUCAGGAACCCCCUUGGCACGCGGGAUAACCCCGCACGCAUCUGCAGGGACUUGCUCAGCUGUGAACGGAAGGUGGUGGAUGGAAAAUACUGGAUCGACCCAAACAUCGGGUGUCCUUCUGAUGCCAUUGAAGUCUUCUGCAACUUCACUGCAGGGGGUCAGACGUGUCUAACGCCGCUGUCGGUGACAAAGCUGGAGUUCGGCGUUGGAAAGGUGCAGAUGAACUUCCUUCAUUUACUGAGCUCAGAAGCCACCCACAGCAUCACAGUGCAUUGUCUGAACACACCGGUGUGGAGAUUCAGUGAGGCAGGUGGCCAGAAAACGUCUGUUAGCUUCAAAGGAUGGAACGGUCAGAUAUUUCAAGCAAAUACACUACUUGAACCAAAGGUGCUUAUGGAUGAAUGCAUGAUUGCAGAUGGCAGCUGGCAUAAGACGCAGUUCUUUUUUCACACUCAGGACACCGAUCAGCUUCCAGUUGUCCGAGUUAACGCACUUCCUCGCCUCAAACCAGGACAGCAGCACUUCAUAGAGAGCGGGUCAGUGUGCUUCCUUUAA